AUGGCCACCGGCACCAAUGCACGAAAAAAAUUCUUGCUUGGCGCCAUCUACUCGUUUCAACUAUCCGCUGUGGUAGGCGAAGAAAAUUGGAAUGAUGACGGAAAUACCACUACCGACACAGUCCCAUUGCAACGGUAUGAACAACUGAUGAUUAUCAUAUUGACCGUCGUGUUCACUCUUCUCGUUUCCUUUGCCGGAUCCAUUGUCCUCUACAUGUCAUACUUGGACCGCAAUAUUGUCAAGAGAUAUCGAACAGAGGGUAAAUUUUGUGAAGGAAGAGUGAUUGGUUGUACCUUUGGGAGAGUCAACGCUGAUAACCAAAGGGAAUACGUCGUUACCGUAGAGUACAGGAGGACACUCAACGAAAAUUAUAAGGUCACGAUUCACAAAGAGUUUCGAGUUCAAGAUACUGACAUGUAUCGUCUCGACGAUCGACUUGACGGUGAAGCCAAAGACACAACCUCGUCAUAUCUAUGGCAUGGCACCACCGAAGAAGACAAAGUAUGGAUAGAAGAUCCAGAGUCUAUCAUUAUUGAGCGACAACUUACAAAAGAGGACUUUGCUGGAUUUAAAGAAUUCUCUGCAGAACCAAAAGGUUUGGAACUCUUGGUGAUCCGAGAGCAUUUGCAGUCUGCCAUUCCUGUCAAGGAGAUUGAACAGAAAAUGACAUGGCAGUACCACGCCACAGCUGUCGGGUUCAUAGUUUUCGCAAUGCUGGUAUGCUUCUUUUGCUUUCUGGUUAUUCGUCAUGAAAUCUUGACAGAUGCGGAUAAGGCAAAUCAAAACAUCGAAUGGAACAUAUUGUAUGCUUGCGCAGCCUUGAUUGCGUUUCAAAUCCCCGCAAUACAUUGCUUCUUGCGAUCGACUCUUCAGAAGUCAUUAGAAGAUGGCUAUUUCAAGACAGGUAUCGUUGGAACAGACGGUCAGGAUGAUUCGACUAUUCCAACACUUGUGAGUGGGAAGAGUAGGGAUCCACCAAAAUUCAUGUCACAGCUUGGUAGUAUUUCCGAGCACCAGGAAAACGACAAUGACUAUACGCUUUUCAAAUGA